CAAGAACCAAAGAAAGGAAAACGGAAAAAGCGCAGCGUUGCGCGUGGGGGGAAUUGAUUGGAUUGAUUAGGGCUGAAUUUAAUUUUGCCGGUUCUUCUUUUCUCUUCCUUAGCAACAUUGUUAAAAGAAGAAAAGAUCAACAUGGCAACAAGUAAGGCAAAUGGUGCCAAGUAUGUGGUGAUUGGAGGAAGCGGCUUCUUGGGCAGCAAUAUCAUUCAAGCCCUUGUCAAUCGAGGAGAAAAGAACGUUCACAGCAUAGAUUUGAAUCAACCUUCAGGAUCUCUCAGCGUUCCUGGCGUUCCAUUUCAAUCUGCUGAUAUCACUUCAGUAGAAUCUCUCAAGAGUGCAUUCGAGAAGAUUAAGCCAGAUGUCGUUUUCCAUACAGCCUCACCUGCAGCUAUCUCACGCAAUACUGAGCUAUUCCGAAAGGUCAACGUAGGAGGAACUGAAAAUGUUAUUGCAGCUGCUCAACGUGCAAACGUGAAAGUAAUCGUGUAUACCAGCAGUGCAAGUGUGGUUUUUGAAGGAAAAGAUUUGGUCAAUGUUGAUGAACGGAUGCCUUACCCAGAGAAACAUUUUGAUACAUACGAUGAGACAAAGGCAGAAGGCGAGCGACUCAUUUUGGCAGCCAACACUGAUGAAGGCGCAGAAGGAUUAAAGACAGUCGCUCUACGUCCAGCGGGCAUCUUUGGUCCAAAUGACCGUCAAGCGAUUCCAAAAACAAUCAACGUUCUAAAGACGGGCAAGCAAAAUGUACAAAUCGGUGACAAUAUGAACUUGUCAGACUGGACAUACGUUGAGAACUUAGCACAUGCACAUCUGCUAGCAGCUGAUAAGCUCCUGAAAGGUGCUCAACCAUACCCUCGUGAGUUGUUGGCAUCUGUUCAUUUGCCUAUUCGCAAUGCAGGAGCUGCACAGCCAGACACAUACUUGGAACGUGGAGUGCCAACAAGCGAUAAAAGGCCAGACGUUGCCGGUGCAAAAGAUUAUGCACGAGAGAUACCCAAUACAUCGAGUAAUUUGACCACCUUUGAUGGACAACCGGCAACCGAUAUACGACCAGUGAUCCGGAACAAGUUUGAUCAAUUCUUCCAUCUUGUCAAUCCAGAAAUUCCUAGCGCUGGAAAUCCGAUUCCGGAAACUGUCAGUAUUGCCGAAGAGAAUAUUAAAGUUGCAGGUGAAAUCUUUUUCAUCACAAACGGUCAACCAAUUCCAUUUUGGGAUUUCAUGCGUGGUGUUUGGCGUGAAUAUGAUCCUUCGUCUGUCGAUCUGAAGAAGGUAUGGCACAUCCCCAAAGAUUUGGGUUAUAGUAUGGCCUACCUUGCCGAAUGGGCAUACUGGUUCAAAGGAGAGAAGGAAGGUUCGUUUGAUCGUUAUAAAGUUGGAUAUACAACCGUUACACGAUACUUCAAUAUCGAGAAAGCAAGAAGAGCGUUGGGAUAUGAGCCAUUGUACAAUUUGGAAGAAGGUAUCAGAAGGAGUGUUGCCUGGUACAAGGAGAAUGAAAAGUAAAAAGUUUCUCUCAUCGCAAGCUUCAUAUCAGUUAGAUACCAAACGCUGUUUUAAAAUGUUAUUUG